CCCCAGCUCCCUGUUGAGCUGUGUGAACAUCUCCUCGACUUCGUCUGGCCCGAUCGCACAACCCUGCUCUCCUGUGCACUCGUCUGUCGAGCAUGGCUCCCACGCAGUCGCCUCAAUCUGCUCCGCCAAGUCCGCCUUCGCGACAGCACGCAGGCAUGGUCCCUCUCCAGUUUCCUCUCUCGACAUGCGGACUGCUGCUCAUCCGUAAGGGUGCUUCAGAUAUCGCCCCGCUACUCAGGGUGGACCCUCACGCGCGCCUUCCCGCUCCUUUUUGUUGGCAAACUCUCGCACGUCGAGCACAUCCGCCUCGAGAACCGAUGUGGCUUUAACUUCUUCGCCCAGCCGUGGUCUCUGACCACGCUCAGUCAGUUUGUUUACGUGAGGAAGGUGGAAAUCAGGGGCUAUAUGCUCCCGUCGCUGCACUCGUUUGGCCGCCGCGGCCCUCCCAACAUAACCACUCUGAUUUGCCGGACCAUCCGGUGGUCCGCGGUGGAUUACUCGCCCGAGUCCUUCAGGCCUGUCUCCGCACGCCUAAAGCUCACCAUAUGGCCAUGUCAGACAUCAGAUGGUAUGAUGAGUUGGUCGACAUGCUCGCUGACAUCGUCGAUCUGA